ACAUCAGUCUGUCGGAAAAAUCUGAAAAGGAAGGAUCGCUAUUUUUUGUGCAGCAAGUGAAAAUUUUCUCUUGAACGGGAGUGUCAAAUCCAAUAGUCAAGUUGAAAAAAGUGGUAAUUGUCGCAAGAAUCGUACUAAUUUCCUAGUAGAAGUCGAAGUGAAAUUUGAUUUCCCAAUUCAAAAGACAAUUCAAGCAAAACCCAAACACAAUGGCCACGUCAUUCACAAAUUUUUCCUACGAGCGGUUCAUGCGGAACAUGGGUCAAAAUCUUGAGCCCAGCGUACGGUACCAUCUGUCGAAGGUUUAUGCCUGUCUCACUGCCACAUGCGCCGCGGCCACAGUUGGAUCGAUCAUACAUCUCCAAGGAAUCUGGCAAGCCGGUCUAUUAAGUGCACUCAUCUCACUGGGUCUUGUGCUGGGAUUGGUCUUCACACCGGACAAUGGCAAAAACUUCAAUCUGCGUUUGGGAUUGUUGCUUGGGUUCGGUGCAUUCAGUGGUCACUCUCUGGGACUAUUGCUGGAACAGGUUAUCUUCAUCAAUCCAGCCAUCGUUGUGACGGCCCUCGUGGGAACGACUACCAUAUUCACAUGCCUGAGUGCCGCUGCAGUGUUGGCGAAACGCGGUAGUUAUCUGUUCCUUGGAGGUAUUCUGAUGAGCACACUCAGUGCCAUGUUCCUCAUCAGCCUGGGAAAUUUGCUGUUCCGAUCGUACUUUGUACACGAGCUCAACUUGUAUCUUGGCUUGGCGGUGAUGUCCGGCUUCGUUCUAUUCGACACCCAAAUGAUCAUGGAGAAGCACCGCAUGGGCAGCAACGAUUGCAUCGCCCACUCAUUGGACCUGUUCUACGAUGUCAUCAGCAUCUUCCGCCGCCUGUUGAUUAUCCUUACACAGAAGGAGCAGAACAAUGAGCGCAAGAAGAAGAAGAACUAAGCUCAAGUGUGACUGAUCAGAACACUGCUUAAAAUUAAAAACAUUUGUAUGUACGGUGUUAGUGGGGCACAGUAACUACAAAACAGUUGCGUCUAUUUGAUAUAUCUACAUUUGCAAUCAUUAUUAUUCAUGAGCCAGUUCAAAAGAGAUCCACAUAUUCUUCGGAUAUGGCUGUUGAUGUUGAAGUCAGAAAUUUUGGAGAAUUCAUAUGAUUCUAUAUGUGACGACAAGCAACGUUCUAAAUACUAGAAAAUAAACCAUGUUUUACUACACUAUUACAUGUAGUUGUUCAUCACUUCAUAACAAGUCAGUCAUGAACUUUCGGAUAAUAACUUAUCGAUAUAAAUAUAAACCGUUCAAUGCAACGCAUCGUCGUGUUUAUAUAUUGAUGGUAACAUUUAUUUAAAACAAAUCAUUGUAGGGAGUAAACUUGUGUGUCAAUAUGGUUUAAUAAAAAAUAAAAUAUUUAUGGAAUA